AUGCACCCGCGCGACAUGUUGACGUGCACGGCAACCACAACGACGGCAACGACAACGGCAACGGCAACAAGCACGGAGGCGCAUGCAGACGAGGAGGAAGACGCGUAUCUCGCCCAGCGACAGUCUACCAUGGACUCAGCGACGUUAAACAAGCUACUGAAAGCCGAGAAACACCUUACACAAGCAGGUCAAGCGACGUCUAACGUUUGGAAACUCAUCGGCAUGAAGGUUCCGAUCGACGAGAACGAGGUGCCUACCGCUGCUGCUGUAGCAGCAAUCGCUGCUACUCCUGCGCCCGUCCAUAACGUGGCGAGCAGUCCCGGACGUCACGUGCGAUCGUCCGUGCGGCGGAAACUCUCGACGCAACUUUCGGACGACAUUUCGAGUGGCUCGUUUCUGUGCACUGGGGGCCCUACGAGUCCAUUACAUGGGGGAGGGACCACCACUCACCGAGCGACGAACACGGCGAUACUUCGAGAUGUGGCCAGUGACUUUUGCGACAUGUGGACAAGUCCUACCCCUCGUUCAACUUCAAGUGAAACGAGGAGCACGAGUCCGCACUGUUAUCCGCCCGUUGACCUUGGGCGCGCUGACAGUAGUGCCAGUAACACGCGGAACUCCCUCGGCUGUCCGCCGGUUUGUUCCUCGACCACGACGCAGAGCAACAGUCUGUUUGAGCGCCCGCACUUUGGCCUCUCGAGCAGUGCGCGCGCCGUGGACGCGCACGGCGCGAGCGACUCGUCCAACGUCUUGGUCGAAAACGGACGCAGCCGCUCGACGCACAGCAGCAGCACCACGAGCAGCAGCGCCACCAACAACCCCACCCCCAGCAACAACAACCCCACCCCUAGCAACAAUGUCUUUGGCUUUACCCGCAGCACGACCGCGCCGCUGUCAGACGUGACGCUGUUUACGUUCACGGUGAAAAAGAGCGACAGCGUGCUCGAGAAACUCGGCAGCAAGCGCGCGAGCAUCCAGCUCCAGGUCGACGUCGACGAGCGCAUGCUGUACUUUCUCUCGGCACAUGACCAGCGCGAGGAGUACAGCUGUGCGGCCGUGACGGCCAAGCCGCAGUCGAGGCUCGGCAUGCAGCUCAAGAUCCAGACGGGCAAUGCGAGCGUGAACAAGAAGAUCACGUUUUACAGCACGGAAGACCGCGCAAAUUUCGUCCAGGCACUCGAGCAGGGCAAGGUCAUGUACAGUAAAAAGACCGUGACGACAGCGCCGCCGGUGCGUGCACCGCCAACGGCCGAAGUGAUUGAAGAAACCGUCUCGACCGUCUCGAGCACGUGCGAACGCUCGAAGCUUCGCGACUCGCUCGUGAGCGACCAUUUCCAGCUGCUACCAGGCGAGUCCGUGCUUGAGCACGUGCAGCGCGUGACGAACCUCGUGGUCAUGUCGCAGAGCGACCGCGCCGUGCAGGGCGUGCUCAAGAUCACGUCGCACCGCAUCACGUUUGUCCCGUACGACGCGUCGUGGAAGUUUGGCUCGUUCGAGCUCCCGCUGGCAGCGAUUGACUUGAUUACGCGCGACGGCCUCAUGCUCUUGAUUACGUGCAAAGACCUGCGCACGCUGCGCCUGGCCAUGCACGACGCGUAUUCACGGAAGAAAGGCUAUGACCAAUUACCGUCGACGCCGGACUUUCGGUGGCUCAAUCUGUUGACGCUGCGAAUGAAGCCGCCGAAUAUGAUUGGCGCGCUCUUUGCGUUUGAUUACCAUACCGAAAAGGCAAAGCAACGCGGGGCGCCGCUCUCGGAGAAGCACAAUGGCUGGUUUGUGUACUCGCCGUUUGCCGAGUAUCAGCGUCUUGGGUUUCUCUCGGCCAAGAAACACCCGGAAGAAGAAGGCGUGAUUACGUGGCGGCUGCUGAAGAACUCCAAGUUCCGCUUCAGUCCCACGUACCCGCAGCUGAUGGUCGUGCCGUCGCUCAUGUCGGAGGAGCAGCUGGUCCAGUCGGCGCGCUUUCGCUCCCGGGCACGUCUGCCUGUGGUCGUGUGGCGCCACCCAGUGAACAAGAGCGUGUUGUCUCGCUCGAGUCAGCCGAACUAUGGCAUGGCAGGCAAUCGAUCCGAGCCGGAUCGGAUACUGUUGCGCGCGUACCGCGACUCGGCGAAUAAAAACAGCUCCAACAUGUCUCCUCCUCUUCACAUUAUCGACGCACGCAAGCCGAUUGCCACUAAAGGAAAUCGGUUAAAGGGAAAAGGUGUUGAAAACUCCCAGCAUUACGACAAUGCGACGAUUGAGUUCAUGGGCAUUGCCAACAUUCACAAGAUGCGCGAGUCGUUGGAUGCGUUAAAGUCGUUAGUCAGUCCUAGCAGUGUUGAAGACGGUGACAAGCAUUACCACAAUCGCCUCGAGAAUACCCGAUGGUUAAAGCACGUGAUGCGUGUGCUGUCAGGCGCUCGAAGAGUAGCGGAAGUGCUCCACGAAGACGGUGCUUCGGUGCUCGUGCACUGUAGUGACGGCUGGGACAGGACGCCGCAGCUCGCGGCGCUGGCGCAACUUAUUCUAGACCCCUUCUAUCGAUCCCUCCGUGGCUUUGCCAGUCUCGUGGAGAAGGAGUGGUGUUCAUUCGGCCAUAAGUUUGCGGAUCGAAUUGGUGUGGGGAAGGACAUCACGGACCAGCCAAAUGAACGAUCGCCCGUCAUGUUGCAGUUUUUGGACUGCGUGUGGCAGAUGACGCGGCAAUUUCCGACAUGUUUCGAGUUCAACGAGAAGUUUUUGCUGCAUAUUUCGGACUCGCUGAUUUCCGGUCUUUAUGGCACGUUCUUGUACAACUCGGAGCGUGAGCGCGUGCUGGACAAGGUGUGGGAGCGCACAGAGUCCGUGUGGACGCCCGUGUUAGAGAACCCUGGACCUUUCAAGAACCCCUUGUACCGACCAACGAACCGCGUGCUGUACCCUCGUGCGAACCUCAAGCGAGUCGUGCUUUGGGACGGCAUGUUUUUCCGAUGGGACCCGGAAAGCCACCCGGACUAUAUGGAGUACAUGGACCCUGUGGAGAAGCCAGACGACGAAGCUUCGAACCACGAGUUUGAUGACGACGGUAGUCCUCGAGACACUAGCGUACUUGAUCCUCCGUCCGUAAUGCCUAUAGGUGGCGAUCUGGAAGACAAGGUGGAAUUGGAUAUUGACGUUAUUCACGACUUUGACGAGUUCCGAGCCAAGACGCUGUCGGAUUGCUCGGACAUGAGCGACGACGACGACUUUGAGAUCUCGCCGAAUGUCAAGACACGGUACGAUGGCAUGUCAUCAUUGACAUUAGACGAGUUGAACAUGACGACAUCAGCAACCAGCGAGGCCGACUCGGAAGGUUCGGUAUCGGCUGAGAACCGUCUCCCAGUAGUGGACGAGGGUGUGCUGAGUCGGUACCACCGGGGCGUAGAAGAGCGCACGCGCCAGCGCGCACAGGGUCGCAACAUCCGCGAGGCGCUGCUGCUGGCACCAGACCAGAGUCGCAUCAAGUACUUGGAGCAGUUGCUGAGCGAAAGUGUUGCGCGGGAGCUGCAGCUUGAGGCAGAGCUGGAUUCGGUGCUACACCGAGGCGUGCGGGUUUCAAGCAUAGCGUCGAACGGUAACGCAAAUGGUGUCGGGUCGAACAAUGGCAGUAACGUAGUCGGCGGUAGUGGAAACAGCAACGAGACUGGCUCUGUAAGCAGUCGCAAGGAGUAG